GUUUGUGGAGUGUCCACAGCGGGGCCCCACCUGUUCCUUACUCGAGACAACGUCGUUGUCUUUUACAGUGCACGGUAGUAGAGCCGAGGACCUAUUCUGAGGCAAGAACAAUACUGCUCCAUGAGUCAAAAUGUUGGUUAACGCAUCCGAUGGAAACUUAACAACAGACUACUCUGCUUAUUAUUAUACUGAUUUUGACAAAGUUGCUAUCCCCAUCAUUAUGCCGAUCGUGGUCACUAUAGGUAUCAUCGGCAACGUAAUGACAAUUAUCGUGAUAACGAGUACACAAGUUAUGCACACAAGUGUUAACGUAUACUUUGCAAAUUUGGCAAUAGCUGAUACUUUUUACUUACUAGUGGCACCUCCUUGGAUUUGGAACUCUUAUAUUAAAAGUCCGAUACAUAAUUGGUAUGAUAUGGGUGAAGGAAGUAAUUGGUUUUGUCCGUUCUAUUGUUUUAUAACUGGGGCGGCGACAACAGUCGCACUCUUCACAAUCUUAUGGCUGUCCAUUGAACGUUACAUGGCAGUUUGCAAACUUUUUCAGUUCAGAAAAAGUGGAUUUGGAAUUUGUUCAAGAUCUAUAAAGAUUUGUGUCAUCAUCUGGCUCUUAAGCUUGUCUUGGAUGGCAAGGCAUCUUGCCUCAACUUCCGCCAAAAUCGAUGAAGUUGAAGGACUACAUAUUACAAAGUGUGAACCUAGUGAUUUGAAUUUCAAAUUAAUGUUCGUAGAUCUACCUAUCAUUUUUUUAGCUACCAUUGUCAUGGUAGUUCUCCAUACAGCGAUGCUGAUCACAUUACGAAAGACACGUGUUAUUUUAGCUAACUCGGCCGGCACCGCCAAGAAAUACAGAUUGAAAUCGGAAAAGAAAAUUUUUCUGACAAUAGUUGUAAUUGUCACUGUUUAUUUUGUUUGUAUACUCCCAAAAUACAUACAUGUUUUAUUGUUACAUUAUACAAAUACAAGCAACAUUUCACCAAUGAAUAUUUUUAAACUUAUGUCUAUUAUAAAUUCAUCAGUGAAUCCUUUGAUAUAUAAUGCACUGAAUGACACCUUCAGACGAGCAUUUCGUGACGUAUACUGCAGAAAAUGUAACAAAUAAAUAAGGAAUCCUGCUAGCAGCGUCGGCGGCCGGA